AUGCAUUAUGAAAUUCCAAGAGUAUUGAUAUGUCUUACAUUAAUAACUUUUGUUUAUGUUGGUUCUUCUACAAAUAAUUAUUAUACAGUGUUGCAAAAUUUUCAAUUUUCUCAUGGUAAAAAUCUAAGUCAUCCAUCAUUAGUACGUGUAUUAUGUUUAAUACUAACAUCACCAAAAUAUAUUCUUACACGAGCAAAAGCUGUUCAUGAAACAUGGGCACCACAAUGUGAUCGUUACUUUUUUAUAACAGAAUCUCUUGGAAAUGAUGUAAAAUCAAAAGAAAGUAAUUUCAUAGAACAAUUACCUAUUGCACCAAUUAAAAAUAUUACAACUGGUUAUGAUCAUCUAACACAAAAGUCAACAUUAGCCUUUUUAUUUGCAUAUGAAAAUUAUUUUAAUGAUUUCAAUUGGUUUGUCAAAGCAGAUGAUGAUACAUAUGUGAUUGUUGAACAUUUGAAAAAAUUUUUAAGUGAACAAAAUUCAUCGGAACCUGUUACAUUUGGAUAUAAUUUUAAGGUACACGUUCCAAAAGGAUAUCAUUCCGGUGGAGCAUCUUAUGUAUUAAGUCGAGAAUCACUACGACGAUUUUAUGAAGCACAACAAGAUCCAACAUCAAACUGUCGUAAAGAUGGUGGUAGUGAAGAUAUCGAAAUAGCGAAUUGUCUUCGUACAAAAGGUGUGUAUCCAGGUAAAUCACUUGAUAAACAAAAUCGUGAAUUAUUCCAUCCACUUCCAUUCGUUGAUCAUUUUCGGGGUUUCUUUCCUGAUUGGCUUGCAACAUAUGCUGAGAAUCCACCACAAAGUGUAAAUUAA